UGACGAGCCACAGGUAGUAGCUCAGGUAUUUUCAGUAGACGAUGAGUUCCUAAGUUCCAAAGAGCAUCACUCGGUUCAGUGUCACCACGAAAAAAAAAACCUUCCAUCGCAAUUCCCCAACAAUAAUUCACCUACAUGCUAGUCGUGUAAAUAAAUAAAGGUACGUCAGUGGGGAGCUUACACGACAAUGCCUUACUACAAUAGUGGCCACACCCCGUCUCCUUAUGCAAAAGAUGUGAUGAGCGGCCCUUCCAACUCCUCCGGUAGCAGAGGUGGUCCAGGGACCGAACCAACUUACAUGAUGGAACACUUGGCGACUUUCACAGUGACUAAGGAAACUGGUAUUGUUUAUCCAGCUGAUGGCAUGCGAAGACUCCUCCAGCUUGAAAAGAGCAAUGGGAUAUGGAGCCAAAAGAUGCAGCUGCGCCUGGAACGCAAUUGGGUUUUGAUAAUGGAUAAUGAAACUGGGGCGGUGAUGGAGAGAUUUCCGGCGGCCCUCAUUCAAGAGCCCACAGCCUUCACCUCGAGAGAUCCAAUGGAGAUGUACAAUAAUAUCCUAGUGUUUACAGUGGCCGACGACGUUGGCUCAGGACAGCGAGCCGAGAUGCACAUAUUUCAGUGUCAGAGUGUCUCAGCUCAGGAUCUUGUGGAGGACCUGAAGAUGUUGCAACUGGGAAAACUAGUACCAGGUGGUUCGCCUCGUGGUCCAAGGGGUCAAAUACCACCACCUCCAGCACUACCACCACCAGAGCCACCGUUAAACGGCGUCAAUGUUCGAGAGCAGGUAUCAGCUUUCAAUGCAAACAGUCCCACUGAUCGUGAAGAGAAUAAUGACGAGGUGUCAUCGACAUCGUCGGAGAAGUACGAGAGAGAUGUGACGAUUCUCAAUCACUGCUUCGAUGACAUAGAAAAAUUCAUAGCUCGACUACAGCAUGCAGCUGCCGCCUCCAGAGAGUUGGAGCGUCGGAGGCGCAAUAGAAAAUCGAAAAAACGUAAUCUCGGUGAUGGAAUGCUGACAAUGCGUGCGAAACCACCACCUGAGAUGGAGUUCAUCGAUAUAUUUCAAAAAUUCAAACUCUCAUUCAAUUUGCUGGCUAAAUUGAAGGCCCACAUUCACGAUCCAAAUGCACCAGAACUCGUCCACUUCCUCUUUACGCCUCUCGCUCUGAUAGUCGAUGCAUCUCAUGAUACUAAUUAUGAUCCCAAUUUACCCAGCAAGGUGGUAUCACCUUUGCUAACACGUGAGGCUGUUAAUCUUCUGAUAAACUGCGUUACAUCGAAAGAAACUGAACUGUGGCAUUCACUGGGAGACACUUGGCUGAUUCCUCGAGAUCAGUGGAAAGGUCAUGCUCCAUCCUAUCAUCCGGUAUUCAUGGACGGAUGGUCACCGGAAUAUCCAAUACCUGAGGAUCGUGAUCAUGAUCAUUUGGCAUCACUGCUCAAUGCUGAUAAGCAGAAGCGAGAUGACAUUCCUGAACAACAGGGGGAUAAUUAUUAUGGACAUCGUGAUGUCGAGGAGUCUCACUACAGCAGUGAUUAUCUCGAGUAUGAGAGCCGUGAGGAGCGCGGGAGUAAUGAUUAUUUCGACAGGGAGAGAAAUUAUGGAGCGGGAUCGGAACUUUAUAGCCGUGAGGAGAGGGAUAGAGUCGAUCAGACACGAGCGCACAGUGACAUUUCGGUGGAUUCCAUUGAACGCACACCGAGAAAUGCCUCUGGCAUCGAUAGGGCGCAGGAAGCCUGGCUGGAUGAUCUUGUUGGACGUAAUGCCAAAAUUGUUCAAGUCACUUAUCCUAGAACAGCUAACAAUGAUAAGGAACUGACGGUUGUCAGAGGGGAGUAUCUCGAAAUUCUUGAUGACAGUAGAAAAUGGUGGAAGGCGAAGAACUCUCGAGGGCAAGUGGCUCACGUUCCCCAUACUAUUGUCACUCCACAUAAUCCCUCUCAUCCCCCUGAUGAUAUUUUUAAUAAUCCUUUGUACUCUACGCGGUAUCAGAGGCAGUCCCAUGGCUACAACUAUGAGGAUUCAGAGAUUGAAGGAACGAGCACUAGUCCCGGCCCAGAAGCUACUCAUCGAUCACACGCCAUUCCUCCACCUGCACCAGCUGACUGGGUACGCAAAGAACGUCUCGGCAAAAAAGAAUCGCAAGGAAAUUCGACUCUCCCUCCACGUACAAUGCAAUUACAACAGCCCAGUAUUCCGUCGAUGAAAAGUGUAGAAAAAUUGAGUAAUUCAAAAACGGAAAAAAAUAUUCCCCUGUCUCUACGAACUGACCCAGUAGCAGUUCCACCACCGCCACCACCACUGCCACCGCCACCACCUCCAAUUUCUUCGCGAAGUACGUCAUCGAAUUCCAGUACCUCAGGGACUCUAAGAAGUAAUAAAUCCCAGAAUGACGGACCCUCGCAGAGACAGAUGCAGGAAGAACUGAAGUGUGUUCUGACGAUGUUCCGCGAUAAAAAGAAGAAUGUCGAUAUCAUCAGAACACCGGAGAUUUAUUUCGAUCAAUAUUCAACACCUCGGGAGAUACAGGAGUGGUUGUCCAUGAAAGGUUUCUCCGACAAAAUUUCCCGGCAGUUCAAAGGCAUGACUGGUGGUGAUUUAUUCAGUCUUACGAAACGGCAAUUGGAGCAGUAUUGUGGUCCCGUCGAUGGUAAACGAUUGGACAGUCAAAUCACACUGUCUCGUAACGCCUCAGGGUACCAUACGGCAAGGACUUGUGAGCUAAAGCAAAUAUUAGAACGGGCGAGGAAGAAAGUCGACGUCAGUGACCCGCAAUAAGGAAAAGACAUCUUCAAUGAAUUCGGGCUUGAGAUGAAAAAAAAAAAGGUCCUAGGAAUUAUUCCUCCAAACAAAAACAAACAAAAAUCCCCCGGACAAAAUCCUCAACCCUUACAUCGAUAUUACACAUAUCAAUAAAUCAAAUAUUCGUAUCUUAAAAAUAGAAUAGAAUUUAAAUGAAAUUCAGUGUUGUGAUUAAUGAAAUUAUGCAUUGUUAUGUUAAUAUUUUAAUCCUAUUCCAUGAUCAUGAAUAAGUUUCUGGAAAUUGUUAUACAUUUAUGUAUUUAUUUAAAGCAAUUACAUACAUAACAGAUAUAAAUAAACGUGCAACUCUAUAUUGUAUCAUUGGUACGUAUUUCAAUGACAAUUUGUUUCUCAUUUUCUUUCGUUAAAAUCCGACGCUUAUAAGAAUACUUGAGUGAACACAAUUACAAUUACGCAAUCCACGUCAACUGUUUUUUCAUUACCGUUACUAUUUAACGCACUUCUUAUAAGGAUUUUUAAACAGCUUGAAUUCUGCCAGAUUAUUCAAAUGAAUUGUGUCAUCCGCAUGUCUUGAAGUGAUUGGCUGUUAAGGGGUUUUUGAUUUGCAAAAAUGAUUCGCUGUAGAGCAGCGGACAGUCUUCAGCAUUACAAAAUUUCGGUAGAAAAUGGUUUUACCACUAUUCUAAUAAUUAUUAACAAUUACGCUUCAGAUUUUUCAUCUGGUUUCAAUACAUUCAAGUGAAAUAGGCUUUGGAGUAGAUUACCCACAGUGACUGUCAGCUCUAUGUCUGACGAGAUAAGACUUGAUACUGCUAUCAAAAACUCAAAAUCAUAACGACAAACUUAUUCUUCAUCGAUAAUUACGAUACAAUUACGAUCGAUCUGUCAAUUUAAUUUGAUUGCAAGAUUUUUUCCCCGCGAAAAAAAAUUCCCAGGAGAAAAUCUCCCGGGAAAAAAAAAUCGCAGCCAAAGAAAUUCUACAACCUCGAUAUUUUUUUUAUCAGGAUACCUAAAGCUAUCAGUACAGGUCAGUAUUUCCCUUCAAUCCAGUAGAGUAUUUUAUUAAUGCUUGCACAGAGUUUAUCAAAAGUGCAAAUUGGUAAGCGAAAGUUGAUUCCAAGUUUGUGAUGUAUGUAUGCAUUUUCUUGUGGUAUAUUUCAUUAUCAAGGACGCAGAAUAAGGAGAAAUGGUUCAUUCAAUAACAUUGGUACUUGUGAGGCGUUGAUAAUGAA